UCUCAUAUCUCUCCCUUUCUCCGCCUUCUCCCUCUCCGUUUCUAGCUACUUUCUGUUCAUCAUCCGCUUGUCUGUCGCUUUGCUUUCUGUUCUCUCUGUAUCUUUUGUUUUGUCCCAUCUUUUCAUCUGCUUUCUCUGUUUACACUCAAUUAAUGUUUGUCCUCUCUGCAAACUUUCCUCUCUUGUAAUCUCCUCUUUUGGGUGCUGUUUGGAAUUGAUCCUCUCUUCUCCCUUGCUGUUUCUUCUGUUUAUCCAACCUUAUCUCUCUAUCUUUCCACUUUUUCUUUCUGUCCCUCUCAUUGUUUUGAGCUAUGGGGAAGACAGAGUUGUAUUCGGUGUUUAAGAGCUUUCUGGACUGCCUCUGCCUCUCUCGGACCAGCAGUGAGGGGCCCGAAAAGGAGAAGGCGUCUGGAGAUGGUCACCUGUCCUACGAGAAUGGAGAUGUGUUGCAAGACAGAUAUGAGCUGGUCAGGACGUUGGGGGAGGGCACCUUUGCGAAGGUGGUCCAGUGUGUGGACCGACACAGGGCUGGGGAGCAUGUGGCCCUGAAGAUCAUUAAGAACAUAGAGAAGUACAGAGAAGCUGCUAAACUGGAGAUCAGUGUCCUAGAGAAAAUCAAAGAGAAAGACCCGCACGACAAACAUCAGUGUGUUCAGAUGCUGGACUGGUUCGACUACUGUGGUCAUGUGUGCAUCUCCAUGGAGCUCUUGGCUCUAAGCACCUUUGACUUCCUGAAGGCCAACAACUUCUCGCCAUACUCAGUGGAUCACAUCCGCCAGAUGGCCUACCAGAUCUGCCUCGCUGUUAAACUUCUUCAUGACAACAAGCUGACCCACACUGACCUCAAACCCGAGAACAUCCUGUUUGUCAACUCUGCCUACACCACCACUUACAAUGCUGAAAAGAAGCGGGAUGAGAUGAAGGUGAAAGAUCCGACAGUGAAGCUGGUGGACUUCGGCAGUGCCACAUUUGACCACGAGCACCACAGUGCCAUCAUAUCUACACGCCACUACCGUGCUCCUGAGGUUAUACUGGAGCUGGGCUGGGGUCAUCCGUGUGAUGUGUGGAGUAUCGGCUGCAUACUGUUUGAGUACUAUGUAGGCUUCACCCUGUACCAGACUCAUGACAACCAGGAGCACCUUGCCAUGAUGCAGACACUUCUGGGGCCUCUGCCUUAUGCUAUGAUACGCAAAACCAGAAAACAGAAGUAUUUCCAUCAUGGCCGUUUGUACUGGAACAAAAAUUCCAAGGCUGGACGAUAUGUCAAAGAGCAUAUCAAACCUCUAUGGAUCCCUCUGCCAUCCCAGCUUGAAUGACUGCAGACCCAUGGACUGUGCCUAUUCCUGUCCAUGACUAAGACCUUCCUCAACCUCAGUUAGUCCACAGGUCCAACAGGAUUCUGGACGAAACUAUCAGCGUGAUGAUUCACCACAUCAUCCAACACCUCAGCAACCCAAAGUCGUCUGCAAGGAUACUGUUUGUGGACUAAAGCAUUGCCUUCAACACAAUCAUCCCAGAACAUUUACGAAACAAGCCCAUUUUAGAUUUUUUUCCCCUCAGCAAUGGAAUGUGAUGCCGGGACGAUUGCACUCACCCCUUUCUACUCCCCUACACCAACAACUGUACAGGCAACAAUGUAUCUGUCAAACCAAUCACUGACAGCAAUGAGUCCAUGUACUGAGGAAAGAUCAACCGGCUGGUGUUGUAAGGAUUUGCUCACCACAGCUCCAAAUUGUGAAAUAAAUAGCUGCACUAGACUAAACUCAAACUCUCUUCAACUCCAUGAAGAUAUACCACACUAAAGCCUAAAUGUGUAUAUCAGCUGUAAAUCCAUGUAUAUUUUCAUCUCAUUACAUUAUCUGAAGUGCUUAGUAGCCAUGUGUACAUAACUAUAUGUCAAAUGGUAAUCUGACUCAAUUUAUUUUUGUAACACUAACAGGAGAUAUUG